AGCAAAGUCACGAGCAUCACGAGAGUAAAAACCCGCCGAGGUCAGAGAUUCUAAUACGUGGAACCUCUGUCCUACUGCAAAAAUGACUUCCUCACAAAUGAGUCAGACAAAGAAGCGCAAGCACGCGUCUGACGCUGCCAGCGCGGACGGAAAUCCCAAGAAGAGCAAGGACUCCAAGGGCAAAUCCAAGCAGGCAACGUCUGGAGUCAAGUCGAAGCGAUCCGCAUCGGGGUUGACAUCGGAGCCUUCCGUUGAACACGACAGCAUUGAAGCCAGUGGCAGUAGCAUCCGACGCCUGGAGCCAGGGGAGCCGCCUGAAGAUGACCAUAUUGUGCUUCGCUCCAGCCAGAACACUAGUACUGGUCCCAUCCUUGUCUCUGCUCCGAACUUUGCGGUUCCACCGAACACCCCAUUCACACUCUACACCGCACCUGCUCCAAAUGGCUACAACCUUGACGGUGCGCAGGAUGCUAGUGACGAGCGCUAUGUGUUAUCCGGCGAGAAUGAUAUCAUGCACUACAUCUCAACGAAUGGUGAUUACACGCAAUUUACCGAGAUGGAGCGCGGCAAGAGUCGUAUGAGGGAAUACGAAGGAGAGUACUUGAUCGGCAUCUAUGAUCCAGAGACGUCUGCCGUUACGUUGCGACUUGCACCUCUGCUGAGCAUACAGCGCAGGGUCAAAGCGCUGAAUAGCCUUGAACCAAUGGCGAUCGGUACUGGCGACUGGCAAGCACGCCAACUUGCGAGACGCGAUCUGGGCAACCUCUUCGGCAACCGAAAGAUGAAAGCGAAAGCAUCCAAUGAAGACCGCAUGCGCGUGGAUGGAAGUACCGAAGGCAUGCAGAAGAUUCUCAAGCAGGUCACUGCUGGCAUCAGUACGGCUACAUCCGCUUUUGCAAGCGAGAUGCCAAAGGAAGCCAUGAGUGGCGGUGUAUCGGCCGAAACGAUACGCUACAUCCCUGCGCCGAAUCUUCAGGCUACGCACCCGUCGCAGGCAUUCUCGAUCGACGCCAUUAUCCCCUCGACGGUGUUCCGUGCACUGGAUGUUAAGUGGCUGGCGGAGGCCGAAAGCGAAGAGGCAGCAGCGAAGCAGCUCCCGUCCCCUGGGCCAGCGCGCAGCGCCUACUUGCUUUCUCAUGUGUGGAAUGCCGUGAAAGCAAAUCGCAGCUGUAACGCAAGCGACAACGAUGCGAGUAUUGGCAGCACAAGCAUUCUCAAGCAUGGAUUGGGCAAAGAACGCCUUCGCCUGGCGCUUUACGCGUCUCUCCUCUUCGCACUCUGGCGCAACUUGCGCAACCUCAAUGAUCGAGAAAAGCUCUCUGGCAAGCUCAAGCUGAAAGGCGGUUCUGGCAGCGGCAUCGUGCUCGAAGAUUUAUUGACGCGUUUCACGGAAGAGGAGCGGGGCACGCAUAAGCGCACCUUGACCCGGCCCAUGGAGACAAAGCUGCUAGCUUACAUGGCUGCAAUAUUUCUGCAUCUGGACUCCUUCUCCGUGGACAUCACACGCGUCGCUGCCGGACUGGAGCUCCCACAUCCGAGGGUACAAGAGAUCUUCAAAUCGCUCGGCUGCACGCCAGCCCAGAUAGCCGUCUCUGGUUCGGGUGACGGCGCCACAAAGAAGGAGCGGCGCAUGGUGCUCAAGGUGCCGCUGACGUUCCCCAAGCCCAAGAGAGGAAUGGUCAAGCGUUGAAACAACUGUCUGAGCGUCGUACUGCAUGCAUAGAAAGAAAGACACACUGCGUCGCACCUGUAACAAACAGAAAAACAUUUCGAAGUUGGCUCUUACUGCGCC